UUCAAUGAUCUUCGCAGGAUGUAUCAAUGUGGGCAGAAGCAACAGGUCUACAGAUUCAUUUAGAUCCAUCUUAUAUAGAUCUAGGGAUUGUCGUGAUGGAUUUUGGAAUAUAUCAACAGAACUUUAACAUUAUCAAUACUGGGCGAUCGAGCGUCGAAGUGUCGAUGAGUAUACCAAGAUCUCUUAAAAAUCAAAUAUUUUUAUAUCCACGAUCGACUUUAAUCCAGCCUGAAUCGAUUAAUACAAUCAAUGUUAGAUUUAUUCCUGAAUCUAAUAUAAUAAAAAAAUCGAGAAGAUACUAUAAUUCUAUAUCUAACGUAUUGGAAGUGCCAAUACAUGUAAAAUCAAUGUCAGCGGACGCCAUUAAUGCAUCACCAUUGAUUUUAAAAGUUCUCAGUACGCUUACAACUUGUCAUGCUUUGAUAUUAGAACCGAGUCACGUAGAGUUAGGUCGAGUGUUUACUCACGAAUCAGUACUCGCAGAGUUGACACUGACAAACGUUUCCCUGUUAGUUCAAGAAUACGGUUUUGUAAAUCUACCAUCAUUCAUGGAGAUACAGCCGAACUAUGGUUUUGGUAAAAUCUUACCUGGCGAGAGUAUACCCCUUCAUCUGAUUUAUUCACCAUUUUCAAUAGACAUUCCUGGAAAUGAAUUAGGUGUCAAUGGUUUGGAGGGAGAACGAAGUUUUCUUGUACAAGUUGUGACGAUCACCGAGCUCGCUGGACGUGGGAAAGAAUUGGAGAUUGACAAGCUGAAAAAUCCUUACGUUAGAAAAUCAAAACAAUUUCGGAUGGGUUCGGGAUUACCAUUUAAAACAAAAAUCGUCGAUGGAAAUGAAUGUCGAAUGUUACGGAAGAAAAACUUGAAGGAUUUGAAAAAAGAAUUUCAUCGUCGUUGCGAUAUCACUGAAGACAUUAAUGAUGAAUAUGAACAAAUUUCGUUUAAAGAAGAAAAUACAUCUAGCGCAGUUUCUAAGCUCGAUCGUAAAAUGGACAAGAGAGUUGAGAAAAAUGUGAUCAAAGUCUCGGUCUAUAUCGUCGAUACAUAUUGCGAAUUGAGCGAACAAAUUUUAGAAUUUCCAGGGACUCCUUGUGGUUGCUUUUCCAUAAUCAGCAUCGAGCUGCGGGCCUUCAACAUGGCAUCUUAUCCAAAUUGCAGUUGUAAUGUAUUGAAGAAGGAUCAAUCGAAAGAGUUUACAGCUCGUUACGAAUUCAGGUGUUCGUCCCGUCAAAUGAGCAUCGUCCCAGCGAGUGGACGUUUGCGAAGUAACGAUCUCGUCGUGAUCAAAUUUAUUUUCGAGCCAAAGUUAUCGAAAUAUGCCGUAACGAAGAGAACUCAAGAGUUGAAGGCUUCUAUGAUUGCGAAGGAAUUGGAAACGGAAAAGUUGACGAACAUAGACAAAAAAUCUACGAGAAAAGAAAAAUUGCCUGCUAAGACGCGUAGGCAGAAACGAUCAAAGGACAACGAAGUAGAAGAAACCGAUCGAACGAAGAAGGAGAAAGAAAACUUAAAAAUCUCAAGCAACGAUUUGUUUUUAGGAGAAUGCGAUCUUUUGGAAAAUUUCGAGGCAUACUCAACAACGAUAGACGUCGCCUGUUCGAUAGAAAUCGAAACGGCAGACGGUAUUUCAAGAGAAGAAACUCUCUUUGCUAAACUUUAUUGUCCUGUAAUCAAACCGGCUAUAAUCAUUUUGAAUACUACACGUGAAAUAAGUUUCGAACCAACGAUCAUCGGCUCGUCGUCGAGGAAGUUUUUAUCAGUGAAAAAUAUCUCCGACAGAGAGGUAAAAGUACGGGUGACUUUGCUCAAUCCAUUGGGACCAUUUUUUAUGCCACCUGGGAAAACUCUUGAAAUUGGAUCGGUUUUAACACUUCCGAUCACUUAUCGGCCAACCGAGGAGGAUCCUUCACGAGUACAGGAGUUCUUUGAAGUUGCCGCUGUUGGAACUAGAACGUCAUGGUUAAUGGCCGUCUCAGGAGAAGCAGUAACACCAUCCUGAAUUAUCCGUAUAAAUUAUUUACAACUUAAACGACCGUCGGUAUAAGAGAAUUUAUUAUCUCGCGUCGAUAACGUAGAACGCGAUCUCGCUUUUUCAUUCAAGUGAAUUUCUAUUUUACCGACAUUGAUCCUUUGGAUACUUAUAUUUAUCUCACGUAUACUGGUCUCCUGUUAUGUAAAAUUCAAUAAUGCAAUUUAAACUAAACGCACCAUAUUCCUCGUUAAUUAUAGUCGAGAGAAAUUAACAAUGGACGUGUAUCCAUUACCUUUAACGAUAUUUUAUACUCUCGAGUAAGUCGGAAUACAAAUUACGGAAACAAGAGACAUGUGUUUUUUCCGUAAUCUAAUUAGUUCCAGUCGACAAGAAACGCCAAGGGAAUUAAUUACUCGCAGCAAUCAAGUACAAAGUGACACGUUAUAUACGGGUUAAUCGAGGCGGUUAACAAAUGACGAAGUUCAGAGUGGAAUUAGUUUCUAAUGCGACGUAUAUUCGAUCGACUAUCCGUUCUCAAAAGUUAAUCGUCAAAGACGUUUAAAUUUAAGGAUGAAUUUAUUUAGGAUAAUUGUAUCGAAUAUAAAAUAUGUGCCUAAUAUGAGAUCAAGGAUUGGAUAAGACAUAUUAAAAUUAGUCAAAAAAAAAUUCCAAUUUACAC